AUGAUGGAGUUCCCUACACUGUCCGCAGCUGAUUUUGCCGACCUGUAUUCUGUGAUCCCUUUCAAUGCCACAUUGUCUGAGGAUUCAACAGGGCUGCCAUCAAGAGGCAAUGACACCGAGAAGGGUUCUUCGAAGGACACCAAAAGUAUUAUAAUUGCAGUAUCUAUAACGGCUCUUUACUCUAUUAUAUGCGUUGUUGGACUGCUUGGAAACAUCCUCGUUAUGUAUGGAGUAGUGAGGUAAGAAAGCCUAUCUACUGUAGCUCUUUUGGGGACCCUAAUGGAAAUAAUGGAUACACGCAGUCUUAAAAUGUCAGUUUUUUACUGUAAAGUGAUUGCAUUUUUUUGUUGAAUAUCACCACAAGUAAACUGAUAUAGUUUUAUUAUAUGAUUAGAGGCAUUUGCAUCCUCCAGCUAACUCACAUGAUUUGGGAUAGCUAUAUAGGGCCACAGGUUCAUAGUGAGAGAUGGAGACAACCAACCCACCACACUCAUGCCCUACCAUCCACCAAGCUCUAGCAUCAAGCAGUUAAAUUGCAGUAGUGGAAAAAGUACUCAAUUGUCAUAUUUGAAUAAAAGCAAAGAUACCUUAAUAGAAAAUGACUUAAUUAAAAGUGAAAGUCGGCCAGUGAAUACUACUUGAGUAAAAGCCUAAAAGUAUCAGUUUUUAAAUUUACUUAAGUACAGUGGUGGAAAGAUUACUCAAUUGGCCACACUUGAGUAAAAGUAAAAAGUAAAAGUAAAUGCGAUACAUCAAAUUCCUUAUAUUAAGCAAACCAGAUGGCACAAUUUACUUGUUAUUAAAAUGUAUGGGACAGCCAGGGGCACACUCCAACACUCAGACAUAAUUUACAAGCACAGUAUUUGAGUUUAGUGAGUUCGCCAGAUCAGAGGCAGUUGGGAUGACAAUGCGUUAUAUGAAUAGUUGUGUGAAUUGGACCAUAUUUCUGUCCUACCUGAGCAUUCGAGUACUUUUGGCUGUCAGGGAAAAUGUAUGGGAAAAUGUAUGGGAAUAAAAUAAAAUAAAUGUAUGGGAGUGAAAGUAAAAGUUGUCAAAAAUAUAAAUAGUAAGGUACAGAUACUCCCAAAAACUACUUAAGUAGUACUUUAAAGUAGUUUUACUUAAUUACUUUACAACACUGUUAAAUUGUAAAGUGCUAGCUGGCUGUAAGUGACACAAAGACAUGUAGGAACGAUUUAAAUGAAAACCCAUUUACAUAAAACAUUUAUAUAACAAAUUCACAAGCAAAAAUGGUCAAUGUCUUGUCAAUCUCAUCAUAAAUGUUUAAUACAUUAUGUUUAAUACAUUAUAAUGUAGCCAACUGAACUUAUGUUGCUUUUAUGUGACGCUUUCCAUGAUUGGCUGUGUUAUGUACUUUAAGUGUGUGUGAAGAUAUUGUGAAUUGUUGCAGAAUAUUAUGUCAAGUUGCAAAAUGUGAACUGUGAUUUUUUGGCCUUAAAGAUACAGUAGCCUAUGAAGCUGGUACUGUACUCUCUAUAGAACUCAGCUUUGAUUUGAAGUAUUGACUUCUCUUCUGGCUGCACCAGGGCCUUGAAUAAACAGUACCAAAGUUCUAAUCACCAAAUUCAAGACUGUAGAGUAAACUUGGCUGAGAUAAGAUGGAGUUUCUGGUUUGGCCAGAGGAGGCAAUUAAUCAGUGUAUCAGUAUGAUGACAUGGGCUGAGUCUGAAAACAUAAUUCAGAAUGUUUUAAUCCUUGCUUCCUCCAUCCUUGUAUCCUCAAAUCCACGUUAAGAGGAAUUGAGGAAACAAGGAUGCAGGAACGAGGAAGCAAGGAUUUGAUGGCUAGUAACGUUUUCAGACACAGCCCAAAUCUUCAUCCCCCUACCACCAAUGGUGUGUAUUCAUGGAUGCCAAGGGAAGCCAGCAUUCCCCCAAAAAAUAUUAUAAAAAAAUAUUGAUCUUUCGUCUCUCUGUGUUUCAUAAAUGCUGAAUGUAUCUCACCGGAGAAAGCAUCCAUGCGAACGAAACAGCGCCCCUCUGUCUCAGUAUGUGUAGCUUAUCUAUCUCAUGCUGUCUGGUCAGAAAGCAUAUGGCAUUGUUGCCGCCCGUAGCAUUGAAUGCAAGGGCAGAAUUUAGCCUCCCUUGAUAAAAAACUAAUAAAAUAAUAGCCAAUCAGCAUUGAGCUAAACUGAGUAAGCUCAGCUGUGAAUGGUCCUUGUGCACCAAAAAAAAGUGUCAAGGGAAGCCAGUUUGGAUUUGGCUUCAGACCAAUCACAUCACAAGCCAAACAUAAUUAUUGACAGAAAAAAACUUGAAUUGUUGCAUCUUGUUGUGUUGUUGUACUCUGGUGGCUAGCUAGCUAGCUAAAAUCGUCCCUUUCCUAAAUUAGCCAUGGAUGGAGAUAGGGAUUUGGACAUGACACUCGUUACCACUGAUUGGGAGUCACACGACCAAACAAGGAAACACAACCAAAACCAAACCAAACACAACAAAACGAACACACCCUGGCUCAACAUACAAAGUCCCGGAGCCAGAGCGUGACAGUACCCCCCCCUAAAGGCGCGGACUGCGACCGCGCCUCAAAAACCCCAAACAGGGGAGGGCUGGGUGGGCAUUACUCCUCGGAGGCGGCUCCGGCUCCGGGCUUGACCACCACCCUUCUUCAAUCCCCCCGUAGCGCCCCCGGUCCGAUCUGACCCAGCUGGUAGGAUCUGGACUGACGACGCGCACCCCUGGCUUGGCGCGUGAGGCAGGAACGGACCGGACCUGGCUGACGAUACGCACCCUAGGCUUGAUGCGUGGAGCCGGACCGGGCCUCACCAGGCUGACGACUCGCAUCCCUGGCUUGGUGCGAGUAGUAGGAAUGGGCUGGAUCAGGCUGACGGCUCGCACCCUUGGCUUGGUGCGAGUAGCAGGGACGAGCUGAACCAGGCUGACGACUCGCACCCUUGGCUUGGUGCGAGUAACAGGAACGGGCUGGACCAGGCCGACGACUCGUACCCCUGGCUUGGUGCGAGUAGCAGGAACGGGCUGGACCAGGCUGACGACUCGCACCCUUGGCUUGGUGCGAGUAGCAGGAACGGGCUGGACCAGGCUGACGACUCGCACCCUUGGCUUGGCGCGAGUAGCAGGAACAGGCCGGGCUGGGCUGGCGACGCACACCGUAGGUUUUGUGCGUGGAGCAGGAACAGGCCGGGCUGGGCUGGCGACGCACACCGUAGGCUUUGUGCGUUGAGCAGGAACAGGCCGGGCUGGGCUGGCGACGCACACCGUAGGCUUUGUGCGUUGAGCAGGAACAGGCCGGGCUGGGCUGGCGACGCACACAGUAGGCUUUGUGCGUUGAGCAGGAACAGGCCGGGCUGGGCUGGCGACGCACACCGUAGGUUUUGUGCGUGGAGCAGGAACAGGCCGGGCUGGGCUGGCGACGCACACCGUAGGUUUUGUGCGUGGAGCAGGAACAGGCCGGGCUGGGCUGGCGACGCACACCGUAGAUUUUGUGCGUGGAGCAGGAACAGGCCGGGCUGGGCUGGCGACGCACACCGUAGGCUUUGUGCGUUGAGCAGGAACAGGCCGGGCUGGGCUGGUUUCCUUCAAUCUCUGUAGUGGCCAACAUGUUUUUUCUACUUGCAACGCACACACACAUAUCACACGCACACACACACACACACACACACACACACACACACACACACACACACACACACACACACACACACACACACACCACACACACACACACACACACACACACAGAAAUCAGUGCCACUGACAGCCACAUCAUAUUUAGCUUACGUUGAUUGGACUAAAUAAUGUUUUGUAUCUUUUAGUUGUCACUUUAUUAAAACUAAGCAUAGGGGAUUAGAUGAUGUUGAAAUGUUGAAGUUGAAAUGGUGCAGUGGAGGCAGCGCCUGUUUUCUUUGCGACUUGCGGUAACUCUCCGUGGUUCUAAAUCAAUAGUUGUUUAGUAGUCUGAAAAUGAUGGAAACGUUACCGAUUUUUUUCUUGAGUGGAUGGUCAGGGCUAGAACAUAAUCACAAAUUUGUAGACUGCAAUUUGACCACAAUAAUAUGUGACUAAAACAUGAUCAUUUCAAACCUUGCUUACAUUUGUGUACGAUCAAGUGUCUCUCUAUUAUGUGUGGGAAUACUUGGGAACAGAUUUUUAAAAUUAAAAUCACUUGGAGCUGAUUUCCUGGUGUUUUUACAGUCUUUUAUGUCCAACAAUGAAAAUUCAAAAGUCAUUUUGCUCAGAAACCCUGCUGUAGGUCAUGUAACUGUUUAUUACAUGCAAUAUGUUUUGUGGACUUCACCGGACAGAUAUUCCUCUCCAGUUUUGUAAUGAAACAAAUGUGUGGUUGCACUGUGUCUUCUUAUUGUCUCGACCUUAGGCCUAUAUAUCACGGUGUCAAGGCAUGUGAACUAACAGGUUAUAGAGCAAACAACGCAAUUAUCACAAUACAUAGGUUGUAGUAUGGCUUUUUUUUCCUGGAUUGGCUUCCCCGGUGAUUUAACCAUGCACCGCUAGCCUACCACCUUUCCCACCAAAACUACUUGAAUAAAACAGGUUCAAGUCCUCAGUAGUUUGCCUUGACAGAGAUAGUAUGAUAAAAUAUCCUGAUAUUAUGAAAUUAUGAUGUCAUUUCCUGUGGAAAGUCAAAGUGGAGUAACUAAGAAGAUGUUAAGUUGGGUGCGUUGGUGUGACGGAUAUCACACCGUGUUGAUUAGAUAAUUGGGAAGCACUUCCCCCUCAUCACAAAUCUGACUCAUCAAACUCAUUUCAAAGGAACUCUGACUGACAACUAUCAAUUUCAAAUGUUAAUCUGUCAUUUAAUCCAUGCUUAAACUCAGAAAAGUGUCAAUACUGCAUUUUAAUGGUGACUCACUCAAUGUCACUCACUUUGAUCCACUUUCUUUCAUUAACAUUACAGUCAGGGGAGUAUAAUGGGUGGGAUCUGCCCGCCUGGGGAACCAGAUGCAUGUACUCUAAGCAAUGUCUCUCUCUGAAGGUUGGACUCGAUAUGAUAACCAAUAAGCUGAUGCUUUCAGGUGAAGCCAGACAGAACACAAGACAUUAAACAAAGACCAAAAAUCUCCAUACAGCCUCAAGCACAACAUACAGUAUUAAAGCUCCAUAUUGAAACUCCAUAAUAAUACAUUCUCAGUGCAAAUACAACACAGUCAUCAACAGUAGAUUGAAAAGGCUAAAUCAAGGUCUCACGCUAAGUGUAUCUGUAAUGAAUGCAUUAGCACAGUAAGAGAGGAUUGGCAGUUUUUAUUGUUCUUUGAACCAGACUCACGACCACAAAAGAGAGUGCUCUAUUAUCCAAUAUCUGGGUCAAUUACUCCUCAGUGCAAUACAGACACCUUGCCUUCUGAGACCCUGGAUCUGCAGUAUUUGCCAAGCUAAUAAACAACAUUGCCCUCUCUCUGUCCAGAUACACCAAAAUGAAGACAGCCACUAACAUCUACAUCUUCAACUUGGCCCUGGCCGAUGCUUUGGCUACCAGCACUCUGCCCUUCCAGAGUGCCAAGUACCUGAUGAACACCUGGCCCUUCGGCGAGUUUCUGUGUAAAGUGAUCCUCGCCAUCGACUACUACAACAUGUUCACCAGUAUCUUCACCCUGACCAUGAUGAGCGUGGACCGCUACAUCGCUGUGUGCCACCCGGUCAGGGCCCUGGACUUUAGAACACCCGCCAAGGCCAAGAUGAUCAACGUGUGCAUCUGGAUCCUCUCCUCUGCCUUCGGAGUGCCCAUCAUGGUCAUGGCGGUUACCAAGGUGACAGACAAAGGUGAGCAGUCCAUAUGAGCUGUACCGUAUGUGCUCCAGACACCAACAUCCACAUAUCCAUAUGCUAACCAUUUGAUUGUUUAUCCCUCAGGCAAUACAGGGUGCAUGCUGCAGUUCCCUCAGCCAGACUGGUACUGGGACACGGUGACUAAGAUCUGCGUGUUCAUCUUUGCCUUUGUGGUGCCAGUCCUGGUUAUCACCAUCUGCUACGGCCUGAUGAUUCUCCGCCUGAAGAGUGUCCGUCUGCUCUCCGGCUCCAAGGAGAAAGAUCGGAAUAUGCGGCGCAUUACCCGCAUGGUCCUGGUGGUGGUGGCGGCAUUCAUAAUUUGCUGGACGCCCAUCCACAUCUUUAUCAUCCUCAGGACCAUGGUGCAGAUUGACAGCAUGAACCCCUACGUAAUCGCCAGCUGGCACCUGUGCAUUGCGCUGGGCUACAUGAACAGCAGCCUCAACCCCCUGCUUUACGCCUUCCUAGACGAGAACUUCAAGAGGUGCUUCAGGGAUUUCUGCCUGCCUUUCCGCUCCAACAUGGACCAGAGCAGCUUCUCCAGAGCCCGCAACUCCACGCGGGAGCCCACCACCGUGUGUGCUCCGAGAGAGUUGGUGAGGAAGCCUGUAUGA